UAACACAGAAGACGUCCACCAAUAAUUUCCGCAUUUUGACAAUAAAGCUAAAAAUAAAUAUUAGCAUUUCAAAAUGUGCUUAUUUUGCUUUAUCUUGCUAUCAAAACAAUUUAUCUGGAUGGGGAAUUUCAGAAAUAAAAUUAAAGCAGGAAGAUGAAAAUCCCCAGCCAUUUCCGAUAAAAUCAGUUCGCCUUUCCGUAAUAUGUAUCAAAGAAUUUCUACUACGAGACAUGGUACUCCUGUCCCAAAACGAAUCGCUUCAUCAUGAAAAACUUUGGGAUGCUAUAGUCGUCUACAAUCAAAAUGACAAAGACAAGGCCAAAGAAUUUAUAUCAUACUUAAAGACAGACGUCCUCAGGGAGGAAACAAGUUUCCAGAUUGCUUUGUUUGAUGACCCUCAGAUUUCUAGCCUGGAGGAGGCAUUCCUGACCAGUUCUGCUACAUUUGUAUUUCUGACUAAAGAUUUCUGCGAAUGUGACUGGCCGGUGUUUUCAAGCAAUCGAGUGGUGAUGGAGUCACUUUAUACAAAAUCACCUUGCACUAUUGUGCCUGUAAUUUUACCGAAUGAUUUGAAUGGGAAUCUAAAAAUUCCAAUGGGUUUAAAAUGCAUGAAACAACUUCGACUGAAUUUUGAAGAUGAAUUUGUCAAAGAAAGUGUUUAUAGAUUUUUGACGGUCAAAAUUCGACAGCGUCUAUCAAAAAUAACAGAACAUUGAAUACAUGGGCGAUUCAUUCCGUGAAAUUCUUAAAAUCGUAACUAUGGCACGAAAUAUUAAUUGCAAAUCUCUGGCAUUACUAACCUACUAAAAAUGGCAGCAAAAUAUUGCAGAACACUAUGUAAUAUUCAUUUAACUAAUUUUUUGUGAUUUAAGAUAUACAUAUAUUUAAUAGCUUUAUAUAUUUAUGCUACUGUAUUUAUAACUAUUAAAAUGUGUUUAAAAACAGAAACCAA